AUGGCGGAAAAUGAGAGCCGGGAGUUCGCAAAUGAGCUCAAAGGUAUCUUAAAAAGAAAGCGCGAUAGUUCACAUCUCGGCAAACUUGAUGAUGACAACCCAAUAAGAUCUAUUCUGAAGAAGGGAAAAUCAUCUAAACCAAAGGAAUCAAAAGAGGAGUCAUUCGACACACGUGGACCGAAAGCCGACCCCCUUCAUGAAAGUCCUUCUAAAAAAGGAAUAUUGAAAUCUUCUGUUGUUGUUCCAACACAGCAAGGAAAUACUGCUCAAAGAAACAUCCUUCAAAAAUCUCCAGAAAACACGGAUGUCGCUUUAGUGACAGAACAAGCUAAAUCCAUUACCAGCCCUAUCAAAACACCAAGAAGUAUAUCUCAGCCUCAAGUGAAACAAGAGAUUCGAGAUGAAUUGUAUGAAAUUGCAGAGGCAGAACUUCUUUCCGAAGAGCAAGAGCUGGCAGAGCAGCGACCACCUUCUCCUCCUCCGCAACCAAAACAAGCCACACCUGAUGCUAAGCGUGAUACCAAUGUGGACCAAGAGCGUGUAAAAGAGGAGCGCCGAUCCAGCUCCAGUAAACACAAAUCUGGUUCUUCAAAGUCGCAUUCAUCAAAGAAAGAAAAAUCAUCAGAUAGGAAAUCCAAAGCUGAUAAAAAUCAAGAGCCUAAGCAGCCAGCGAAUAUUGUAGAUGAUUUUGAUGACGAUGAUGAAAUUGAACCUAUUCAAGAUCCUAAAGUUGACAGAAGUCGUUCCUGUCCCUAUCUUGAUACUAUAAACAGGUCUCUGUUGGAUUUUGAUUUUGAGAAGCUGUGCUCUGUUUCUUUGUCACACAUCAAUGUCUAUGCCUGUCUUGUAUGUGGGAAAUACUUCCAAGGUCGUGGAAAGAUGUCACAUGCAUACACACACAGUGUACAGGACAGUCAUCAUGUGUUUCUCAACCUCCUCACUCACAAGUUCUAUUGUCUCCCUGACAACUAUGAGAUCAUUGAUUCAUCUCUUGAAGACAUCAUUUAUGUGUUGAAUCCAACAUUUACAAUUGAUCACAUUAAGAAGCUGGACUUCACAAACAAAUUAUCUCGCGCUUAUGAUGGGACAACAUACAACCCAGGUAUUGUUGGACUGAACAACAUCAAAGCCAAUGAUUACUGCAAUGUCAUUUUACAAGCACUAUCCCACGUGUCUCCACUAAGGAACUACUUCCUUCAGGAACAGAACUAUAAAAAGAUCAAGCGACCUCCUGGGGACCAAAUGUUUCUGAUUGUUCAACGGUUCGGUGAACUUAUCAGGAAACUGUGGAAUCCACGGAACUUCAAGGCUCAUGUCAGUCCUCACGAAAUGUUGCAGUCUGUGGUCUUGUGUAGCAAGAAGAAGUUUCAGAUCACAGAACAAGGUGACUCACUGGAUUUUAUGUCCUGGUUCCUGAAUGCUUUACAUCAGGCGCUGAACGGCACAAGGAAGCUUAGCAGUAGUAUUGUUAACAAGACUUUCCGAGGCAAGAUGAGAGUGUACACACGCAAAGUGUUGCCUGUGGAAUUGAAAGACGAGGAAAAAGAAAAACUACUUCAGACAGACGAGUAUACAGAAAAGUAUGAGGAGAUCCCUUGGCUGUAUUUGACCUGUGACCUUCCACCUCCACCACUGUACCCUGAUGAGUUACGAGAGAACAUCAUUCCACAGGUGCCAUUCUCCACCAUCCUUGCCAAAUUUAAUGGGAUAUCUGAGAAGGAGUACAAGACACAUAAAGACUCCCACAUGAAGAGGUUUGAGCUGACCCGUCUCCCACCCUACAUCAUCUGUUAUAUAAAGAGAUUCACGAAAAAUUAUUUCAUUCAAGAAAAGAACAGAACAAUUGUCAACUUUCCUAUCAAAAACAUUGACUUUGGUGACCUUUUAGCUCCCGAGAUCCGAGCUCAACACAAGAACACAACAUAUGACCUUAUGGCUAACAUUGUCCAUGAUGGGGAGCCAAAGUCAGGGAAAGGCACCUACAGAGUUCAUGUUAUCCAUAAGGGUCUGGGUAAAUGGUAUGAGAUGCAAGAUCUCCAUGUGACAGAUAUCUUACCUCAGAUGAUUCCACUCUCUGAGAGUUACAUACAGAUAUUUGAGCUAAGGAGAGACAUCCCAAAUCCAACAUUUGGUAUGGCAGUAGAAGACCAGCCACCCCAGCCUGAGAACUUUGCUUCUAUGGAAGUUUAAAUGAUUGGAAAGACUCGAUAGCAGGACAUAUCUAUAACAAUGUGUGUAAGAAUAGGACGAAAAUAAAAUGUCAAGCAUCAUAGAAA